AUGUACAGUCGUCUGUUGUUCUGGAAGUCUCAGAGCACCCAACCUCAAAAACCGACGAUGACAGAUACAUACCACACCUUAAAUGGUCAAAAAGCCUCAUGCGGAGAGUCUCAGCUAUCAAAGAAGCCCAAAUCUGCUUCCGGCAAUGGGAACGAAAACGAUAGGGCUUCGCAGUUGCCGAAGAUGCACGCGGAAACAGAUCCCAUCCCACGAAAACUAGCUAUAAGGGACUUUCAUACAUCACAUGAAGCGGACGCCAAUUACUUCCCGGGACCUGCAAAGAUGGCUAUCGUGGGCGAUGAAUCACCAGGUCUCAUUGCCCUUCUUCUGUCGCGUGAGCUCUCCCAAGGCUUACAGGAUGCUUUACUGGCAAAGCGAGAGCUCCGUACUACAACAGUUGCAAUAGAGCAGCAGCGACAGAAUAUACACCAGAAAGAUCAGCACACCUUCGUCCAUCUCAUAAGACAAGAAAAGCAGUUGAGGAGAUUGGAAAAGAAAGCGGCCCAAGGCAAUGAUCUUCCUGAAAACGAACACCAAACUCUGAAAGAGCUGCAACAGGAAGUUCACACGCUAAACAAUAAGCGGGAUGACUUCGUAGAUCAGACCGAGGAGCUGAAUGAAGGGCUGAAAGCAGUCCAAGAUCGUUGGGAAUACCUUCAGGAAGCAGUCGAUCAAACUCUAGACGAAGUCUUCGUCGGCUGUGGGAUCCUUUUGCCCCUGGGGCAGCUAACAAAUCGUGAGGAGCUACAACACGAAAAUGGCGAUUCGAGGCAAGGAACAUUGAUGGGUUCUGGAAUUGGAGGAUUCCUGUAUCCGCAAGACCAACAAAUAUCUGGAUCUAUGGAGCAAGCGGAGCGGAAAGUGGCAGACAAGAGAUCCCUUUACCAGCAUGCGUAUCGAGACUUCGAAGCACACUACGACCAACACGCGUAUAGGUAUGAUGUCGAAUUUGAAGCUUAUGCCAAAAGCCAGACCAAUCGCCCCGAUGUCGACUUGAGAAUGGAGUUCGAUCACAUCUACCUUGUAAAGCGGUCGAAGCUAACCAGAGAACUCAUUGAAGCCGAGGAAGAAUUUGAGGCUGCGAAACAAGAAGCAAGAGCAAAUGGGUGCUAUUGGCAUGAUUACGAUGGCUACUCGCAAUGUGCGGACCAUCCGGAUGACGGGUACCGGGAAAGCGAAGAGAGAGAAAUGGCUGCAGAUAUGGAUCGAGAUCGAGAUCGCAUCGAGAAAUGGAUACUUGAUCAUACAGGUCCAUAUGAAGAUAGUACUUCGACCUCUACUCCUACCAUAGAUGAAUGGCCGAUUGAUUCGAAGAGGCCGUUUGACAGCCUCAGUAUGGUAGCAGAGGGAGUUGAGCGGAAGCGUAUCGACCGCCAAGCUCGCAAUUUGGGACAUUAUUAA